AUGCUGACUGGAUAUCUGAACCAGCCCUUUUCAUGGAAGGCCGGCCUGCUGUUCGUCGGAACCGGUGUUGGCCUGACGUGGUACUUCGAGGCCGAGAAGAAGCGCAUGGAGCGCAAGCGCAUUGCGGAGGCGACCAAGGGCAUGGGCCGGCCCAAGGUGGGAGGACAAUUCGAGUUGACCGACCAGGACGGCAACAAGUUCACCAGCGAGGAUAUGAAGGGUCGCUACGCACUGGUCUACUUCGGCUUCACGCACUGCCCCGACAUCUGCCCCGACGAACUCGACAAAAUGGCCCAGAUGUACGACCUCGUCGAGAAGCAGCGCCCAGGCUCCGUCGUGCCCCUCUUCAUCACCUGCGACCCGGAGCGCGACACCCCCAAGGUGGUCAAGGAGUACCUGUCCGAGUUCCACCCCAAAUUCAUCGGCCUGACGGGCACCUACGACGAGAUCAAGGCCAUGUGCAAGCUUUACCGCGUCUAUUUCAGCACGCCGCAGCAUGUCAAGCCAGGCCAGGACUACUUGGUCGACCACAGCAUAUACUUUUACCUGAUGGACCCCGAAGGCGACUUUGUCGAGGCGCUGGGGCGGCAGCACUCGCCGUCCCAGGCUGCCAAGAUUAUCCUGGACCAUAUGAAUGAUUGGCAGGGAGGAUGGAAGAAGGAGGAGUAG